UAAUGCUGGCAUUCUCCACAAUGAAUGCUGUUCCAGCUCCAGUCAAACGUGGUGGUCAGUUUACAGGUCAUGCUACCUUCUACGCCCCUGGCUUAGGUGCUUGCGGUAUAACUAAUACUGCACAAGAUUUAAUUGUUGCUCUU